AAGAAAAUUCUUGAGAUACAUAGAUGUUCCAUACUUUACCACCUUUGUAGACUAAUGUUUCUUUUUUGUGAGAUAGACAUGCCUCAAGAAAUAUCUGCUUCACCUUCUUCAGUAGCAUCAGUGUAUCAGUUAAAGGACUGAGAUGGAGGAACUGUUUCCAGUGGAGCCUAACGUACUGAACCACAUCUCCUCCUGGCUGAUCUGAGCAUGGUGACAUCCUGUCAGCUCUGUUGUUACCUGCAGUGGACCAUGGGGUUCCUCUUCCACACCCACCCCAAUGGUAUCAGAAUGUUUUCCAGACUUCUUACUGAUAAGACAUAUUAGAAAACAAGACUAGUAUCUGUCAGAUGGGGCUCCCUCUCCAUUUCUCUCUACACACCUUUCCUUUGGGGGGAGAAGAAGAGGAGAAUAGCAUGAAAAGUGCAAAAUGUUUCAAAUUCCUGUUCAAAAUCUUGAUAAUAUCAGGAAGGCUCGAAAAAAGGUGAAGGGCAUUCUUGUGGAUCUUGGGCUUGACAGCUGCAGGGAAUUGUUGAAGAAUCUUAAAAGUUUUGACCCAGGUGAAAAACACUUUUGUAACACUUCAUGGAGUGAUGUCUCUCCUUGGGAGUCUGUGGGCAAAAGGAAGAGAUACAGAACAAAGCCGUACUGCUGUAGCUUAUGCAAGUUCUCGUCAAAAUUGCUUACUUCAUUCAAGAAUCACUUGCACCGUUACCAUGAGGAUGAAAUGGACCAAGAGCUGGUGGUUCCUUGCCCAAAAUGUGCAUUUGCUUCUGAUCCCAAAAUAGUGGGAAAACAUAUCCGGAUGUUUCACUCAUCUAAUAAAAGAAUACAGAACUAUACAGUCAGCAUUCUGGAUGGCAUGAAACAAUUUAGGAGUGACAUCAUAAACUUUACAUGUCUAAAAUGUCACUUUACAGACACGUUGUAUUACAAUAUGAAGAAACAUGUGCUGAUGAACCAUUUUCAAAACUUAAUAAGUACAUAUUUUGGCCAGAAACCUGAUGAAAGUAAAGAGAAUUCUGUUGAGCACUACUGUAAAAAAUGUAAUGCUUCUGCAAACAGCCAAGAUUCUUUAAUGUAUCAUGUCUUGACAGCUGAAAUACACCGAGACCUGGAGAACAAACUUCGGUCUGUGAUUUCAGAACAUAUUAAGAAACCAGGACUCGUGAAACAAAUGCAUAUUGCUCCAAAGCCUCCCCAAGGCGUGGCAGUGGCUGCUCCAUCUGCAGGGCCUGCUGCUGCUCCAGCAGGUUCCGUCACAGCUCCGGCUUGCAUCCAGCUUGCAUUUCCACAGAACAAUCAAAACCAGAGUGUGGUGCAGCCAAAAGCCGUUCAAAACACAGUCAGAUCACUGACUGUUCCAAGUGCCUCUGGUAGCCUUCCGCAUACAACUUCUGCUCCGGUUGUUACGCCGUCACACGUUACUCUUGUAUCUAGUAAUCUUCCUGUAGGUCAGAAUAAUGUUAAUAUUCAGCCAUCGCCUUCCCAGCCUAUCAUUGUUUCCCAUAGGCUCCCCCUUAACCAGCCUGUGAGGGCUGGAGCUAUUCCUCUUAAUCAUUCUGUUGGGACCGUAAAUAGAACUGUGGCCCCCGCAGUUCUUCCUCUUAGUCAACCUGUCAGGCCUGGGCUCUUUCCUAUUAAUCAGCCCAUUGGUACUAUAAAUGGUCCGGUUGCAGCUGGAACACUACCUGUUACUCAGCCUGUCAGCCCUGUGAAUCGACCAGUUGCACCAGUCCUCCCUGUGAAUCAACCGGUUGCACCAGCAGUUCUCUCUGUCAACCAGUCGCUUGGGAAUGUGAAUAGACCCAUUGGUCCCAGGGUCCUUCCUGUGGCGCAGACGGUUGCAUCAGCGGUUCUCCAGCUUAACCAGCCUGUUGCCUCUGGGGUUGUUCCUGUCAGGCAGCCUGUCAGACCGGGGUUUCUUCAGCUUAAUCAACCUGUUACCCCAGCAGUUAUCCCAGUGAAUCAGCCAGUUCAGCCUGCAGUUUCUCAAAACACAACUUUUUUGACCGCGGGUUCUAUACUCAGGCAGUUGAUUCCAACUGGUAAGCAGGUUAAUGGGAUACCUACGUACACGCUUGCCCCGGUUUCGGUGACUUUGCCUGUACCUCCUGGUGGAGUAGCAACUGUUACGCCACCACAAGUGCCCAUCCAGCUAAUGCAGUCUGGGACAGUAACUCAGUUGUCGCAGUCACCAGCUAGUGCACCUUCUCCUCCCGUGCUUUUAACGUCUCAGAAUAUAUCGUUACAAGCCUCCCCACCUGGUCCUGAAACAAGUCAGGCUGUCAGACAGGCUAAGCAGUGGAAGACUUGCCCUGUUUGCAAUGAGCUUUUCCCAUCAAACGUCUACCAGGUGCACAUGGAGGUGGCCCACAAACAUGGUGACGUAAAAAUGGAGGAAAGCCCAGAACCUGACAAACUUGCAGCUUGCGCACCCUUUCUAAGGUGGAUGACAGAAAAGACGGUCCGGUGUUUCUCUUGUAAAUGUUUUCUUUGCGAGGAAGAGCUCAUGAAACAUCUCUUGAUGCAUGGCUUAGCUUGCUUGUUUUGCACAGUUACUUUCCAUGACUUAAAAAGCCUCGUGGAGCACAAUAAAACUACACACAAUGGGAAAAAGCAGUUACAUGCAGAUUAUAGCAACAGAGGAUUUCAACUAGGUAACGAUGCUCAGGGUGACCUUGUAUUUCCACACUUUGAUUUCAGUACGGUGUUGCCAAAAGAAGACAUUGGGGAAAGAGAAGUGCAUUUGGCAGUGCUUGCUGGCCUAAAUUCAAGGACGCUUGUCCCUGUUUACAUCAAAGUGAAACCUCAGACAGCAGAAGUGAACAAUAGAUGCAACAAAAAAGUGUUAACCUGUCCAUUUUGUUUUGGUACGUUUGUUAGUAAAGAAACCUAUGAAACACAUUUGAAAGAGCGGCAUCAUAUAAUGCCGACUGUACAUACAAUUUUAAAGUCUCCUGCUUUCAAGUGCAUCCACUGUUGUGGUGUGUACACUGGAAAUAUGACUCUAACAGCUAUCGCUGUGCAUUUGCUCCGUUGUAGAAGUGCUCCCAAAGACAGCAACUCGAGCAUGAAGAUGCAGCUUGAGCGUAAUGAGAAGAAAGAGCUGCUGUUUGUGAAUGGUGAAAAGCAUGAUUCCGUGAUACUGAAAAGAAAGCAAUCGGAUUCCUGCUUUGUUGCAGAAGACCAAAGGAAUAAGGAACAGCAGCCUCUGAGCUUAAGUACUGGCAUAGCUCUGUCUCCAGAAAAAGAAAUGAAUUCAGGGGUAGUGCCUUUCAAACGACAAAAGAUUAAUACUAGGACUGAGAUGAAGAAGCUUCCUUCUAGUGAGGAUCUUCGCAUUCUAGCAGUAGAUCCUAAACAGUAUGAUCACAAUUCGUAUGAGGCUCAAAAACAGUUCUUAACAGACUACUUUCACGAGAGGCCAUAUCCUUCUAAAAAAGAGAUGGAAUUACUUUCUACGCUGCUGUACGCGUGGAAAAUUGAUGUUGUAUCAUUCUUUGGAAAAAGUAGAAAUACAUGCUUAAAGGCGAUAAAUAAUCACAAACCAUCUGUGCUGCUGGGUUUCAGUAUGUCUGAACUAAAAAAUAUUAAGCACAGUUUGAAUAUAAAAGAUGAACCAUUAGAUAUGUAAGCAAGCUUUUUAUAACAGCUAAAAGCAAUCCAUAAUUGCAUACUUACUGAUUUAGCAGUUUAUUGUAUUAUUUGUUUUAACUCGCAGACUGGCCUGUUGAAGGGUGCAGUAGUACAAAAAGUCUCGUUCACUUGUGACUGUUAUUGUGAAAGGCACACGUAGUUGUGUAUUUGAAAAAGCUAAAACCUUCAGACUUACACAUCUGGAAUUUGUUUUAGCUUUUUACUGUUUCUGAAGUUGUGGGGUUUUUGGGUUUUUGUUUGUUCAGUUCUCCGGGCUCCCCUUACACGUUUUAUACCACCAUGUAAAACAUUUGUCCUGUUAAAAACAAAUUUUAUUUUAUUUUUCUGCAAUGUCGUCAUCUUUUCUAAACAAUAAAAUGUAUAAUGUUGGU